CUGGAGGCCGGCGCCGGGGCUCGAGGAAUCCUACCAUAACUGCUGUGGCCGAGUAGCUUGCCCGGGGAGCUGGAGCGACUGCCGGCUGUCGGAAAAAAGAGAAGACAAGCAGAAAAAGAGAAACGUAUCAUCGAGUGACUCGUAUAAGAUGCUCAGAGGGAGAUGCGUGGUGGGUUACCUAGUGAGGCGUAGGACCCCGGGGGAAGGGCAGCCGCCGAGCUGAAUGGCGAGGAGGAAGCAGGGACGGUGGAGAGGCGCGACUUCGCACUUGAGGCUGCGUUUACGUCGAUGUCGCUACGUGAGCGCUGGAGGGAGCCCGGCGUAGUAGGUACCCUGGUGCUCACCAGCUUACCUGUAAUGGCAGAUGUGAAAAGCAAAUAGUCAGCUUGGGCAGUUUAUCUUAAUACUUAUGUCUGCUGCUUCACUUUUUACUUCACACUUCCACCCAAGUGCAGGAUACAACUUCUGUGCUCACUGCCAUUAGAUAAUAAAUCAAGAACAACAGCAAAAGCCAGUGGGCAAAAGUUUUAAACAUCUCAGAUGUUUAGAUUCUUAUCCAUCAUGCAGUUCCACCAGUGAGCCGUCUGAUCAGUCCCAAAUAUAAUAUAUAAUUACCCCAAAAAUAUUAUAAUUUACGCUCUCUGAGCACUUUAUUAGGAACACCACACUAAUACUGGGUAGGGCCUCUCCUUUGCUCUCAUAACAGCCUCAGUUCUUCGUGGCAUGGAUUCUACAAGAUACCAAGUUGCUAUCAAGUCAUUGGUGUCUUGAAUUCUCUUGUGCACAAUUUAAUUUUUUUACAGCCAUAUCUCACACCGCAGCUGCUCGACCAGCGAACAUGUGGAUCAGUGUCCCGCACUUGCUCUGCACUGCUGCACAACGAUUACCUAAUAAGAUCGUUGCGUGGAUAAGCAGCUGUACAGGAGUAUAUAUUACGUGCUGUAUAUAGCUUUUUGAUGCCACAUUCUAGGAUUUACUUAUGUUUUCAUUUUUAGUUAAAAUACUGUAGAUAUCCAUCUCUCUGCUAUUGUGAACAUCUCAACAAAGCCUAACAAUAUUAAGCUAUAGAUAAGUGCUAUAGAGGACUUUAUUAGCACACCGGAUGACAUUUGCACGCACCUGGAUAUUCUGAACUGGAUGCAACACAACUUCCUGAAACUCAACAGCGACAAAACAGAAUUCCUCUUCAUCGGCUCCAAAUCCACACUCAGCAAAAUCAAAAACCCCACACUCACCAUCGACAGCACCACUGUCUCCCCAUCUCCCCAGGCCCGCAACCUUGGCGUAAUUUUCGACUCCACCCUCUCCCUCGAACCCCAUAUCGGCCACAUAGUCAAAACCUCCUUCUUUCACCUCUGUAACAUCGCCAAGAUCAGACCCUCACUCACACACCCCGCCGCCAAACGACUCAUCCACACCUUCAUCUCCUCCCGUUUAGAUUAUUGCAACUCAUUCCUCUUUGGCAUCAGCCUCAGCUCCAUCAAAAGACUCCAACUGGUCCAGAACGCAGCCGCCCGUCUCAUCACCCACACCAAAUCCUGGCACCACAUCACCCCAGUCCUCACUGAUCUCCUCUCCCCAUACCAACCCACACGGUCCCUCAGAUCCACCUCUGCCGGUCUCCUCUCCACCCCCAAUACCAACCUCCGCAGCUUUGGAGGUGCCUUGGAGCAGCCCUGGAGGGGCACAGGGAGCUGUGGAACUCCCUCUCCCAAGAGAUCCUUGACUCCGACUCCCUCACAACCUUUCAGUCACGUCUUAAAACCCACCUCUUCUCCUCUGCAUAUCCCUAGCCCCCCCCCACCCUCCCCGAUUACACUUUCUUCUUUUCUGUUUGUUUUUUCUUGUUUUGUCAGGUUUUGUAUGAGCGCUUUCGGUACUUGAAAAGUGCUUUAUAAAUCCAAUAUAUCAUUAUUAUUAUUAUUAACUGCAUCCUCUCUCCUAACUUUACAUA